UACGGUAAAAGGGGGGUGGGGGCGAGGGAGAUCAGCUUUGAACAUGCUGGAGUUUCAGAGUUUCAGCCAACCAAGAAAACGUGACGUGGUUUAUUUAUCUUAUAACAGGCUUCAUUCGGAAUAGCAUAAAUUUGCCAGAAUACUUCAACAAUCUAUUAAUUUUGUACGGUAUUACUACAUGUAUGGUACGGGGGCGUCCAACACUAGUUCAUCGUAGCCUAUUACCAGGAAUACAGUAGUUGGCAAUUGGGACGUUUUUUUUUCGGGUUUUUUUUUUUUGGGAUGGACUGAAGUGGGAGGAGAGAAAAGAUGUGCUUCAUUUAAAGGGUUUGUGGUUAUGUGUGAAUAAAACGAGAUGAGGCUGGACCAAUUGAAUGAAUGAUCGGAUCGUUUUAUAUACAAGCGAAUGCGUUGUCGCUUGCAUGCUGCUUUGAGCUGUGAAAUGUGCAGCAGAAGGAUGAUUUUGACCAAUUAGUUGUAUGCUCCGGACAUUACAGUAACCGUGUUUGCAGCUAUUUCUAAAUCUUAAAACGAAUUUAUUUGAAAGCAGAGACAAGUACUGACUGGAUCAUAAAAAGAGUCACGGUUGUAUGAUAAUAAUAAAAUCGUAUAUACUAAAAUAAACAAGAUGUCGCUUUACGUUGAAGGUUUAAGCAAGAGGGCACCAAACGGCGGAAUGACAGAGUUUCAGGAAGUGAUGCGACAGCAGCUGGAAAAGUCCAUGCACAAAGAGCUGGACAAGCUGCUGUCCACUGGCAAAGGCGAUGCGGUGCAGAUUUCCAGAAGGGACUUUGAGGGUUUCCAGAAGCUAUUCCACAGAUUCUUACAAGUGAAAGGCCCUUCUGUGGACUGGGCGAAGAUUCACAGACCCCCCGAGGACUCGAUCCAGCCCUACGAGAAGAUCAAGGCCAAGGGCCUGCCGGACAACAUAGCGGACAGCCUCAACAAGCUGGUGGUGGUCAAGCUGAACGGCGGCCUGGGCACCAGCAUGGGCUGCAAGGGGCCCAAGAGCCUGAUCAGCGUGCGCAACGAGAACACCUUCCUGGACCUGACCGUGCAGCAGAUCGAGCACUUGAACAAGACCUACAACGCUGAUGUUCCCCUGGUCCUCAUGAACUCUUUCAACACAGACGAGGACACCAAGAAGAUCCUGCAGAAGUACACACACCACAGGGUGAAGAUCCACACCUUCAACCAGAGCAGGUACCCGAGAAUCAACAAGGAGUCCCUGCUGCCGGUGGCCAAGGACCUGGGGACGACAGGCGAGAACGCAGAGGCCUGGUACCCCCCGGGCCACGGGGACAUCUACAACAGCUUCUACAACUCAGGCCUGCUGGACCAGCUGAUCGCCGAGGGCAAGGAGUACAUCUUUGUGUCCAACAUUGACAAUCUGGGAGCCACCGUGGACCUGUACAUCCUCAACCACCUGAUGAGCCAGCCAAACGGCAAGCGCUGCGAGUUCAUCAUGGAGGUCACCGACAAGACCAGGGCCGACGUCAAGGGUGGCACGCUGACUCAGUACGAUGGUAAGCUGAGGCUACUGGAGAUCGCCCAGGUGCCCAAGGCCCACGUGGACGAGUUCAAGUCCGUCACCAAGUUCAAAAUCUUCAACACCAACAACCUGUGGAUCUCGCUGCCGGCCAUCAAGAGGCUGCAGGAGCAGAACGCCAUGGACAUGGAGAUCAUCGUCAACCCCAAGACCCUGGACGGCGGGCUGAACGUCGUCCAGCUGGAGACAGCCGUGGGCGCGGCCAUCAAGAGCUUCGACAACGCGCUGGGCAUCAACGUACCCCGCAGCCGUUUCCUUCCGGUCAAGACCACCUCGGACCUGCUGCUGGUCAUGUCCAACCUGUACAGCCUGGACGCCGGCUCUCUCACCAUGAGCAAGAAGAGGGAGUUCCCCACCACACCCCAUGUCAAGCUAGGCAGCUCCUUCACUAAGGUUCACGACUACCUGACGAGAUUUGAGAGCAUACCUGACAUGCUGGAGCUGGACCACCUGACGGUGUCUGGUGACGUCACCUUUGGAAAGCAGGUUUCCCUGAAGGGGACAGUGAUCAUUAUUGCCAAUCACGGAGACAGAAUCGACAUUCCGGCCGGAGCCGUGCUGGAGAACAAGAUCGUGUCUGGCAACCUGCGCAUCCUCGACCACUGAGGCCUCCACGACAGUCUAAUGGAACUCGGAGACAGCCGAAAAUGAUCAUGCGCCCUAGACUGUUACACAACGAGAGAGGGAGUCACCCGACAUUUUACGCGUGUCAGAUUUUAGACGACGUCAGUCAUUUUUUUUUUUCCUUCUCCUCGGCUGUCACCCCUCUCGGUCUUCACUGACCUCACACCUCAGCCUGCCUUGUGUGCAAAGAUGUACCCUCGUAGUCCGUGUCAUAUUCACACUUUUUCAAAGAGAACACGACCAGUAUUUCCUGCAGUCUCGCUUAUCACCAAUGAUUUCGCCACACAGAAUCGAAGGGGUUUCUCGCAACCUAAAAACACCAGCAGGAAGCAGUCUGCAGACACAGUGUCAGGAGAAGAAGAUCUUUCAUUGGCAGGGUUUCCAGCUGCACGCUCUGAGCCUCCUGUGGAUUUGCGCGUUGUCCCGGACCUGAAUAAAGUGCAAUAUUGA